CUUGUUUAGCACCACAUACACUACCAGAAACUUCUGAUCGACCCAUGCCUACGGGUUGACCACGUCUAUCACUACGGUGGCAGACGGGAUCAGACGAAAACUUCAGCAACUCAACAGAAUGCCAUCUUAUCCCCUCAAUCAGUUUGCUGACUUGGAAGAAAUGAUGUGCAAACAGUUACUCAACCUGGACCUGAGGGAACAGAACAUGCCGCUGACAUCCCUCAGUCUGGCAAUGAGAACACCAGGCUACAUCAGCCAGCCACGCAGUAGCUCAUCAUUUUCCCUCUCAUCACUGUCCUGCCUCCCCACUGAGCCUUCAGAUAAUAUAUUUGUGUCCUCCAGCCAAUGGAGGCAGCCAGCAGAAAGCCCUUUUCCCUCUCAGCUCUCUAAUUCCGUGCAGUGGGGAAAGGCAGGUUUCCUGGCCCAGCGUUCUAUCAGCAUGGUAGAGACCAACAGCACCGCAGCUGCAAGUCUAGGCUGGCUGGGGAAUGACAUAAAGCACUCCCAGUGUGACAUCAGUCCUACUGCACUGAGCACUAGCUCCUCCUCCAUGUCUGGCUCAUCAGUGUCCACCUCCUCCUCCUCUUCUUCACGUUACAAGACUGAACUGUGCCGAUCUUUCACUGAAAAUGGGUUAUGCAAGUACGGUGGGAAGUGCCAGUUUGCCCACGGGCCUGAUGAGCUGCGGGAUCUCAGCAGACACCCAAAAUACAAAACAGAGCCAUGUCGCACGUUUCAUACAAUUGGUUUCUGCCCCUAUGGGAUCCGCUGCCACUUUGUGCACAAUGGCGAGGAAGAAAAGAAACAAUCCUUUUCUCGCUCCUCCUCGUCGUCCUCCUCUUCAGGCAUUCCGUCCCAGGCCCCUUCAUCCCGCCCAAACAGACCCCCACUUAUCAAACACAGUUUCAGCUUUGCUGGGUUUCCAACUGUUCCAAGCCAAGCCCUUCAGCCUGCCUUUCCAGCUCAUCCUCCUCCUGCUGCCUCCUCUCUCACUCGUGACCCUUCGCCUCCUUCAUGCGCUGACAUCACCGACCUUCUCUCUCAUGCCUUUCUGGAGAUGGACUCUGCCUUUGAGGCCUCCCCUGGUCACCAGUACCAACCCCUGAAUGCCCAGGCGUCUGCAGGUGAUCCACGCUCUCCAUUCCUGCCUUCCCCUGACUCGGGCUGCUCUCCAUGUGGGUUGUCUCCAACGGCGUCCCCUUCCCUGAGGCAGAGUCCGGGUGUUUCAGGGCUCUUAGCAGGACCACUGGGCACCCGGUCUCUGUCCUCCACCUCACUGUCAGACCAGGAUCAGGAUGGAAGUAGCUCUACUAGCUCACUUAGUGGCACUGAAUCCUAUUCAGGUAUUAACGAAGGAAAUGGCAGGCGUUUGGCUGUUUUCAGUCAGCUCUCUGUUCCAGAGGAUGCUGCGGGGUUCUGCCUUUAAGCACCACAGUGGGACACACACAAGCAUAUUAACAGUAUAUAUUUUCAUAUGGACGUAGACAUUUGUUACUUGGUCCAGACCGACAUACAGAAUAGACAGUGCUCCUACAUUAGUCCCUAUAAAUGCACACAUUCACUCACUGGACUGACAAGUAGACGUAUGUAAUCUGUAUCUGCGGGGUCAAAGGUGAUAAAGACCUGACUCACUCAGGACAUUUGCCUGUUGAAUUAUUGUGGUUAAAAUGUCACUGUUAACAUGUGGCAAGCCACAGUUACGCUGAAAAUAUAAUGUGUGUUGCCACCAAAAAGAGUAAACAUAUCAGGGCAGAGGUUUUUUACUGCUGGAAUUGUUAGAUGCUUUAUCAAAGCAGUGUGCUGAGAUGGCAAAUUGCAACUAAGAUAUUGUAAUCACAGUGUGAUUGGCCACAGUGCCGCCUGUUGUUGAGUCCACACCACCAUGAGUAAUUUUUUUUUUUUUUUACUUCGGCAUCUAAAUGAUCUGAAGAAUGUGACAAAGCCAAAGACAUCUGUUUGUUGUUCAAGCAUUUUGAUUAUGGUGGGACAAAUGCACAGUGUGACCUACAUAUAGGAAAUGUUUUUCCAUUAUCUACACACAGUAUUGUGUUUAUAAGCUGGUGAGAUUGAUGCCUCUUAAUAUAGUCUGAGGUUCUGUUAAGAUUCCAGACAUGAGAUGGAAGGCCAUAAGCCUGAAUGUUUUUUGUUUUUACAACUGAAGUGCCUGUAGGUUCUUUAACAGGUUCUGUUACAGUGUUGAACUAAAAGUUGCUGAUUUGUC